GAAAAAUGUCCAAAUUAACAUUAUUUCAUUUAAAUAUCCUUAUUUUAUACUAUAUUUAUAGUGUGAGUGCAAAUGAUAGUGAUUACAGAUUACCAGGAGACAUUGUGCCAAGAAAAUAUGUAGUCGAAUUGGAAACAAAACUAGUGCCAAGUUUUGAAUUUAGCGGAUCUGUCUCCAUCCUAAUUGAAGUUAUAAAACCUACGACUGUUAUAAGUUUGAACUCAUAUAGACUAGUUUUUUCAAUGACAAUGUUAAACUCAAAACUAAAUCUAGACGAGAAAUUAAAAUGGUUGGACACCCAGUUUCAGGCAACUCAUGCCCGUAGUGCUUUCCCUUGUUUCGAUGAACCAGCAAUGAAGGCCCAUUUCGAAAUCAGCCUAUCAAAGGAAGAAAACUUAGAUAACAACCGAAAAAGAACAACAUUCGAACAAUCAGUCCUCAUGUCUCCAUACCUGGUGGCGUUUAUUAUCUCAGAUUUCGAAUAUGUAGAAAAAAUUUCAGGACCAGUAAAAUACAGAAUAUAUACUGAUCCUUUCUCGAUUGAUCAAGCUGACUAUGCAUUGACUAUGAGCCCAAAAAUUUUAACGGCUUUGGAACAACUCACUGGUGUAAAAUAUGUUUUGAAGAAGUUGGACCAAGCAGCCAUUCCAGAUUUUGCUGCUGGAGCUAUGGAAAAUUGGGGAUUGUUAACAUACAGAGAAUUAUUUUUAUUAUAUAACAAGAAUGAAUCGACAACUAAAAGCAAGGAGGAAAUUUUGAGUAUAGUUGCUCAUGAAAUGACUCAUCAAUGGUUUGGCAAUUUGGUGACUUGCGACUGGUGGGAGCAUACUUGGUUGAAUGAAGGAUUUGCUAAUUAUUUCCAACACUAUAUUCCAUCACAGAUAGAACCUUCCUGGAGAAUAUUGGAUCGUUACAUUGUGGAUGUAACUCAAAGGGUUUUGUUAAAGGAUGCUUUGCACACGACAAGACCGAUGUCACAUCCAGUCGCAAGUCCUUCAGAAAUAUCGGCGGUUUUUGAUUCCAUUUCUUACGAGAAAGCAAGUUCUGUAAUUCACAUGAUGAUGCACGCUUUCAACAUCGAGAAAUUCAUGAAAGGCCUCCAUGAAUAUUUAAAAACUUAUUCUUUCAAAUCUACAAUUCCCAAAGAUCUAUUCGACGUGUUAGCCAAUGAACAUAAUGGGACCACAGAUAUUCCUAAAGAGACUACCUUACAAGAAAUUUUCAAAAGUUGGAGCACCCAAGCCGGAUUUCCUUUAGUCACUGUAACUAGGGAUUAUGCCACUGGUGCAAUGACACUCUCACAAGAACGAUAUUUCAAUGUUCAACCCGAAGAAAAAGACAAAUCUGCGUGGUGGAUACCAAUAAACUUCAUGACCUCGGAAAACAUAAAUUCCUCGGAUACAAAACCAACUCAUUGGAUGAAUAAAGAUGGAAAACCUUUGACUAUUGAAGUAGGAAAUAAAGAUGGAUGGGUUAUUAUAAAUAAACAGAAUUCAGGUUACUAUCGCGUGAACUACGAUAAGGACAACUGGAAAAAGCUUGCAGAUGUCUUGAAAAGUCCUGAAUUUGAAAAAAUCCACGUACUCAACAGAGCCCAAAUUUUAGACGAUUCUCUAAACUUGGCCAAAACUGGAAAACUUGAUUAUGAAUUGGCCUUAGACAUUUUAGAUUACUUGCACCACGAAUUGGAUUACGUGGCUUGGAAAGCAGCUGAAGAAGAUCUCAAUUUUCUCGAUAAUAUGCUGAGUGGAACAAAAGUCUACCCCAAAUUUAAGAAAUUUGUAUUGCAUUUAGUGAACAAAGUUUAUAAUAAAAUGGGAUUUGAGCAACAAGAUGCUAAUGAGCACAUGGACGUUUUCACUCGCAUAAAUGCUCUAACAUGGGCUUGUAAAAUGGACCUUCCAGAAUGUCUUGGCAAGUCUCAUGAUCGUCUUACUGCCUAUAUGAGACCUCCAUAUGUGAAAGUUCCACCAAAUUUACACAAUGUAGUAUAUUGCACUGGAUUAAAACAUGGUGGUAAAACAGAGUGGGACUUCUUGUGGAAAAAAUAUCUUGAUAGCCACUUGUCUUCUGAAGCAAUAAUCUUGUUAAAUGCUUUGGGUUGUAGCAAAGAUCCUGAUAUUUUAAGGAGCUACUUGGAAAAAACUGUAGAACCUGAUUCGAAAAUCAGAGAUCAAGAUAAAUUCCGUGCUAUGUAUUCUGUAAUCAGACAAGGAAGUGAUGGAGUGACAAUUGCAUUAGAAUUUAUGCGUAAUAAAUUGCCAAAAAUGAUUGAACAAUAUACAAGCUUGAAUGCGCUCAAAAAAGUUUUCGAAACUGUAGGCGCAGCAAUUUCAAACGAAAAACAAGAAGAACUGCUUCGUGAAAUUAUUGCUAAAUACAAUUCUACAUUUUCGGAUUCCCUAAUGCAAGGUGCAAAAACUGCUUUAGAUGCCAUGGAAGAUAAUAAAACUUGGAGAGAUAAAAAUUUAGCUACUGUGACAAGGUGGUUUGAAAAACAACCUGAAGUUUAUCCUAAUAGUGCAACAAAACUAGUCCAAAGUGUUUUAUUAUUACUUCCAGAUGUUUGA